UCACCCAAUGCUUUCGUUCAAGAAGGACAUCCAAUUAUCACCCCCACUGGAUCUCAAAAUCUCCACCAGGAAGUUGAGCUUGGAGUCGUAUUCGGUAAAACUGCAAAGUCACCUAAUGCUUUCGUUCAAGAAGGACAUCCAAUUAUCACCCCUACUGGAUCUCAAAAUCUCCACCAGGAAGUUGAGCUUGGAGUCGUAUUCGGUAAAACUGCAAAGGCUGUAACGCGAAGUGAAGCGAUGUCUUAUAUUGGUGGUUACAUAAUAGAAGAUCCCCAUGCUGAAGAAAUAUUCUGUCGAAUCAAUGGCGUUGAAAAGCAACGAUCAAAAACAAAUGCGAUGAUUUUCGACAUUCCGACCUUAAUAGAAUACCUAACCCGAUUUGUAACUAUGGAAGAAGGCGAUGUUUUACUUACGGGUACUCCUGCUGGGGUAUGCCGAGUCCUUCCUGGUGACUGUAUUGAAUUCGGUAUUACUAAUCGCAUCACUUGUAAUUUUGUUGUACAGUAA